UGCAUAAUCUCCACUUUUAAAUAAUAGCUGCAACACUGAAAAUACAAAAACUGGCAGGAUAAUAGUCAGAAAAGCACUUUUUUUAUGGUUCUGAGAUUUUUAUGCGUCUAUUUGACUGUUUAUUAAUGGUCAAGCUGAAAAUUUUUCAAAUUGCACAUGUAAACACCAUUAUAAAAUGUCAGCUGGAUUAAUCACAUGGUGGCAUUUCUUGUGACACACUAAAGCAAUAGAUUAUUGCUACUGCAAUGGAUCUAUGCAGUAAUACAUCUUUAUAAGUCAAAUUUAAGUGUUUUAUUGUUUUGCAGCCUUCAUGUGCUUCUUUUUAGAAUGAAAAAUUAUGAGAUUCCUGCCAAGAAUCUACAAAGACUCUCAAAUCCUUAACAAAUACAGCAUGCAGUAGGACAGGGGAGAGUUUCUGUGUUUGCUUUCACUUGGCCCUAUCAGUCUAUUGUGUCCAAGUGUUUUGUAAAAGUUUUCAGGUGCGGACUGAAGGAAAAAUUGGCUGGCUGUCUGCAUUCUCACCGACCACUCUCCCCAAACCAUAGUCACGCUCACAAAGAGUCCUCACAGCCAGAAGAACAAGAAUUCAUCUGAUCCCCAGCAGCAGCAGCGGGGCAAUCGGGCAAUACCCGGACGCUCUGGAGACUUCUGGUCAUUGUAGAGAACAGAUGUUUCAUUAGUGUGCUCGACAAAAAGAGUUGUCUGUGUUUCUGUGUUUUUUUCAUGAAAGGGAGUGUGGAUGCUGCCAACUUUGUUGCUAUAGAAACCCCUCUCUAAUAAACCCAUGGAAACAGCUUUGCCUUAAUUGACGCUGUGCUUGAACAAUGUGACGAUUCAAAGGUGAUGAUUUAUUGAUGUCUUUUAACCUUUUUCUUUUGCAUGUGAUCAAGAGUGUGCUGAUUGUUGAGGCCAUAGUCGACACAGGAAAGACUAUGAAGGCUCUUCUGAAGCAUGUGGAGACCUUUGAGCCCAAGAUGGUCAAGGUCGCAGGUUUGCUGGUGAAGAGGGUCUCUAACAUGGCUGAUAGUUUCACAGACUAUGUUGGAUUUGAAAUUCCCAAUCGAUUUGUGGUCGGCUACGCCUUGGACUACAAUGAGUACUUCCGUGACCUGAAUCAUAUCUGCGUCAUCAGCAAAACUGGAAAGAUGAAAUACAAGGUUUAGAGAAUUAAAACGAUCCAUUAUGCUUUGUUUUAACAGAGCAUCAUAAACGUGUCAACCUUUUUCUGCAGUGUUACAGGUGUUUUCUUUUUUGUAAUUUAAUCCUCUUUUUUUGCACU